AUGACCCUCGAGCAGCUCUACGGUCACCAGCAAGCCCGCGCAGUUUUUCCGAACCUGAGCUUUGGCCAGCACUGCCAGCCACAGCUGCAGAAGCAGCAGCAGCAGCAGCAUGACGAGGAGGAGGAGGCGGUUCGCCAUAUUCAGCAACACUUGGACGUUCACCCAGCGAGGAGUCACGGGCAUGAACACCAUGUGCCCUUGCAGCAGGAGACUCACGACCUCCAGAGCAUACCGGUUGAGUGGCAUCAGAAGCGGCCAGGCAGCCUCCUGUGGCAUCACGGUGCUGCAGCAAAGAAGCGAUUCUGCAGGUGGACAGGAGAGCACCAGGAAUACGUACUUGCAGCUGCUGGGAAUCCGCCCAAUCCCUCCGCACUGGGAGGUACAGCAGGUGGUGGUGGGAGUGGCGGACUUGAAGCCCCUAUGUCUGCCGGUCACACCAUGCUGCAGGCUGCUGUCUUCCCUGGCUGCAGCAGCCCUGAGGUGUGCACAGAUGAGACCCUUGUACGGAACAGCGUGGUGACCUUGGAAUCGACUCGAAAGUCACCUAAUUGCUUGAGCCCUGUGGCGUGCACGGGCGAGACUCCUGCCAACCAGCCGGCAGAGGCUUGUCGUGAUGGUGUGUCUGGUGGUGACUCGGUUUGCAAGGACUGUGCCGACUUCUCAACCGUCUCUCCGGCUGUCUCGCCUAAAGUUUCGCCUUCGGUUUUGCCUGUCGUCUCUCCUGCCGUCGCACCUGCCCUCUUUCCAGCCGUCCCACCUGCUACCUCGCCUGCUGUCUCGCCUGCUGUCUUCCCUGCCCUCAUCCCGGCCCUGGACCCUUCUCUCUUCCCUCUCUUCUUCACACAGCCCGCACAAGCCUACCAUGUUCCAUCCUUCGCCAAUAUUCUGAAUUCCAACUCGCCUGCUCGUCAACUCCACCGCCAGGUUGUCUCCGCCCCUGCCGCCUCUGCUGUCUGCGGCCCCAGCAACAGGCACAACAGCGGGCAGGACUCACAAUUUAUUACGACAGGCAAGAAGAAACUGCGUUUGGAAGCCCCAGAGCAGAAGCAGCAGGAGCUGCAAAGUGAUGCUGAAGGAGCUAGUUGCUCCUUGUCUCGAUCCACCGAGACCUGUGUGCUGCAAAUGAAGAGCCCUUCCGAGAGCUCUCACACACGGGAGGAUGUUCUCAUACCACCACCAGGCUUUCCUGGUGCACAAGGGGGGUCUGUUGCAGGCCGACGAGCUUGCUCUAUGUCGGGGAAUUGCUCUAAGGCACAAGGCAUCCUCCCAUUGCGAGGAAACAUGCCAGGCCAUGACACGACUGGGAUUUGUCAAUGUGCUGAUGAUGAUGAGGGACUACAGGAUACUGCGUCCUCGUGA